GUCAGCGGGCUAUCUAAAUUUUGAUGUCUGGUUGGUCAGGUGGGUAUGGAUUUCGUCUUAGCAGGUAGUCAGGUUAUUAUAUUUCGACUGCGAAGGUGGUUUUUUCAUAAGCUAGAAAGUGUGGCUGGCUACUUCAGUACUUGUUGAGAUGAUCUUUAAAGUCGCUUGAUCAGGGGAUAUUAUAUCUAGUUUUACAGAAAUAAACUUAUCGCCAUGUUCGGAGCAAAUAAGCCUACAUUUGGCGCAACUUCUAACUCUGCGUUUGGUCAAAAUACCACAUUGUUUGGAGCUACAUCCAGUCCGCAGACACAAGCCAGUACAAACUUGUUUGGUCAACAAUCAGGUGGUCUGACUGGAACAAACACACUAUUCUCUGGAAACCAAAUGAACACACUUUCUUGGGGAUCUGCAAAUGUAGGCUUAAAUGGCACGUCAUUUGCCUUUAAUCCUCCAGUCACUACUGAAAUAUUACAACGUAGUGGCCAGCCAUCACAAGUGAAUGCUAAGCAUAUGUGCAUCACCGCCAUGAAAGAGUAUCAGGACAAAAGUUUGGAGGAACUUCGUUUAGAAGACUAUGCUUUAAACCGUCGUGGUCCAUCAGCGUCAUCGAGUAGCACUUCAAUCUUUGCUACAUCAUCCACUGCAAAACCAUUUCAAUUUGGAUCAUCUCAAAUUGGUGGAACAACAUCUAUUUUCGGUCAGGCUAGUAAACCUGCAAACACUUUAUUCGGUGCAUCGACUAGUGGUGCGAGUAGCAGUAAUACACUACUUUUUGGGAAUAACACAACCACUCAGUCUGCUUUUGGACAAUCUUCUCAAGGAAGCCUUUUGGGUUUAAAACCUCAAUUUGGUACUACAACGACAGGAAGUAUAUUCGGUUCAACUCCAACAUCACAGUCAACCGGUUUUGCAUUUGGUCAGACAAAUCAAACUAGCUCUGUUUUCGGUACAAAGCCGCUGUUUGGUGCUAGUUCGACUACUGGCACUGGUACUUCUCUCUUUGGGACUGCUCAAACCACACCACAACUUGGAAAUACUGGUUUUACGUUUGGACAACCUCAGCAGCAGACUACUGGUUUAGGAGGUUCUACCAGUUUCUUCGGUCAAUCAAGUCAAGCGUCAACAGCUGCCAAACCUACUCUUUUCGGAACUCAACCAACAACUGGUACAGGUCCUAUGUUUGGAUCAACGUCUACUGGAAUUUUCGGUGGAUCUAAGCCUGCUGGAACUACACCAGUGUUUGGCUCUUCCACUUCUGGACUGACAGGAUUGCAAGGAACCCAGCAGCAAACGGGGUUUUCAUUUGGCUCUCCAUUAGGCACAGCAGGAGGGUUGAAACCUGCAGGGACAACUGGAUUAUUCGGCACAAAUACGGCUACCACCACAUCAUCUUCCUUGAAACCUGGUGGCUUGUUUGGAUCUACACCAACUGGUUUUACUUUUGGAAGUGGCUUAAAUAAUCCCGCUCAACCGACCGCAUUUGGUGGCCUUGCAACAACUUCUGCGUCUGGAACUCUCUUCGGUCAACCGGCUGCCAAUUCGUUAACAGCUAAAAAACCUUUUGGCUUUGGAACACCCCUUACAACUACUGCUAGUGGAGUUGGAUCAUUUGGAUUUGGUCAACCUAAUACUGGAACAAGUCUGUUCGGCACACCAGGUGGUUCUACAGGUUUUAGUCUGGGAUCCGGAACUGGUGCUACUUCAGGAUCAUUGUUUGGUCAGACCAGUUUAGGGUUUGGUCUUGGUCAAAAGCCUCUUCAGACUGGUCCUGCAGGUAGUACGUUUGGGAGUGGUUUCGGUUUUGGAACGAGCACAGCGCCAAAUACUGGAGGCUUUGGAGGUGGUCUUUUUGGUAGUGCUGGUGCUAACCAAGGCUUAGGAUCCACUGCAAUCAACCCCAUCGGUUCAUCAUCAACUGGAUUCGGUACUGUUAAUCCAGCAGGUUCUGGUCUCAGUCUUGGCUCAAGUGAUCAAGUUGCUCAGGCGAUACGAGCCCAACAACAAGUUUUAGAAGUAGUUCGUAGUAUGCCUUAUGGUCAAUCGUCAUUGUUUCGUUACUUAAACCUACCAACAAAUCCUACUUCCAAUGCUGUUUCAAAAUCUCAAAUUUCCGAAAAUAUGUUAGCUAGUACCUCGAAUGCUAGUAAUAUUAUACUACCUGCCAAAUCUGUUGCCACUAUAUUCGCUGAACGUCAUCGAGCAGCCAAUUUACUAAUUGGCUCCAGUCCGAUCAAUUCCGGCCUUAGUGGUAAUCGUGGUUCAAGCUUUCGUCGUCCUGUGAAUUCAAACACUCAUCGUCUUCUCCAUGUGGCGAAUCGUAAUAAGUUGUUUUCAGGUUUUUAUGAAGAAGAUGCGUUAACGUCAACUGCAAAUCGAAAUUCACCCUUACCAUCGAAUCUUCGACGUACUGCUUCAAUGGGAACAACUGGUGUUUUAAAUUCUGUUUUAAGCCCUGUAAAUACUACUAACAAUAAUACAGGUCAUUUCUUUGUUCGAAGAGAAGAAUGGCGACAUUUACAUCUACCUGAAAAUGUAAGAAAUUCUAUACUGGAACGAUCGAAUGCUAUAACUAAUGAAUUCAAUCAAUUGGCUGAAACAACUCUUGAUGCAACGUAUUCAGAUAUUCCAGGAAAGGCCAGUAAACAACAGAAUAAACUUAUUGAUUCAACUUCGGGUGGUGAUAUACCAUUGAGAGAAGUGAAUGGAUUGAAUUCACCAUCAUUACACCAUUAUGCGGCUAAUAAUAACGUUGAUAAAAAAAAUACAAUAACUUCAAUAGCAAAUGAAUCACCUAGGGUUUCAACUGCUCGACAAAAUAGAAUUGAUGCAAUUCGUGUACGUGAUGUUUUACAAGGGAGUAUGGAUGAACAUAAUUCAGAUUCUCUAUUAGCAAGUCCCUCCAAUAUAACUUAUGGUGAUAUUUCAGUACUCAAGUCACCUAAUUCAGAACAACAGAAUGAUACAUCCGACUUGGAUCAUAUUAAUACUUCAAAAAUGAAUGUUACAUCUUCACAUCCUUCUGGUGUUAUUUUAACUAAACCUGGUUAUUAUACUUUACCAACUUUAGAUGAAUUAACUGAGAUGAUUCAAGAUGAGAAAUGUAUAGUUGAAGAUUUUGUUAUUGGUCGUCGUCUGUACGGACACAUCUUAUUCCCUGGUUUUACUGAUGUAUAUGGACUGAAUUUGGAUAGUAUUGUGCAUAUACGCCGGCGCGAAGUUGUUGUCUAUCCAGAUGAUGAAAAAAAGCCUCCUGUAGGCACAGGUUUAAAUAAACGAGCUGAAAUUUGUUUAGAGUCUAUCUGGCCUACAGAUAAGUCGACAAGAGAACCAAUUAAAUCUGCUGAACGAUUGGCUGUAAUGCGUUUUGAAGAACGUUUAGAAAGAGCUACUCGAAGAAUGGAUGCCAGGUUUAUUGAAUAUCGUCCAGAAUCUGGUUCUUGGGUUUUUGAGGUGAAACAUUUUUCCAAAUAUCGUUUGGAUGAUUCAGAUGAAGGUGAAGAUGAUGAUUGUGAAAUGAUUGUUGAAUCAAAUUCACUAGAGAAGUCACAGAAGAUUUCAACUAUUUCUACUGUUGUAAAGACUAAAUGUUUAUCGGAUAGUGAUCAUUCAGUAAAUGAUGAUGAAGAACUUUACAUCAAUUCGAAUAAAAAGGGGGAAUAUGCGCCGUUCAGUAUGGAUCAACAAAUGAAUCAGGCAUACCAACUGAAGCCGUAUAUGCGUAUGAAGAUCAUGGACCAAUUCGAUGGAAAAUUUGAUUCCUGCUUUACACAAAGUAUUUUCCGUAAUUUACCUUCAUAUCAAAACUAUGAUGCUAAUCCAAUAAAUGAAGAAGGUAUAUCUGAUUAUCGAAAUGACUUACCGGAGAGUCAUCAGUUAUCAAUCAUAGAAAUGAAAAGCCAGUUACAUCUAUCCGAUGAUAUGGAAAUAAUAAUGAAUUUUUAUCCUUAUGAAAUGAUUCAAAAAUUAUGUCAUAAUAUGUUAUCAUUGAAAACUGUCGAUAGACAUGAUAAUCCGAAUUUAUUAAAUCAUCCCUCACAUUGGAUUGUGGAUUCUGGUCUUUGGCAUGGUCAUGGUAUACGACCAUCAUUUGGUUGUUCACGAUUUCCAGAACUUCAUUCUUUGGUAUUAGUUUGUCCAUUACCAAUGGAACAUAAUAAUGAAAAGGAUGUUGAAGAAUUAUCGACCACUAAUUUAAUUACUUUGUAUACAUUAACUUCACCCGUUGAAAUGUUUGAUGAGGAUAUGCUAAAUUCAGCAUUGACUACAUCUAUACGAAUUGUACAAACUAGUAAAUUAUCAUUAGAACCACCACGUGAUUAUUGUCCUUUAUGGCGUCCAGUUAUUGGUUUAUCACCUUUAGAAUCAUAUACACGUGUAUUAAACUGUGAUCCAUUGACAAAUCUUACUAUGAAUUUUCAUGAAUCUGUUGAAAAUGAUGAAGUGUCUAGUGUUCGAUUAAAUGGUUUUAAACGAAUUUUUAGUCUUUGUCAAGCUUUAUGGGGUCGUCAUCCACAAGAGACUGUAGCUGAAGCAAUGGCUGAAACUGAAAGUACAUCAGAUAAAAUAUUCACUUCUAAACUGAUCAAUUCAGAUUUCCCUAUAUUAUCUGAACAUGAUCAACAUUGGAAUGAUGAAUGUAUUAGUAAUGAAGUUUAUCGUAAUUAUAAUCUUGUAAAUUAUCCUUUGAAUACUUAUCGAGAAUUGUCUGGUAUGCGUUCUUUAGCCAGAAAACAAGCUAUCUCUGAGUGGAUAAGAACUCAAUCGUUACCAUGGUUAAAGUCUAAAUUGGAGCACUUAGGUUUAACAGAUGCAGCGGGUUUAAAUGAAACUGUAAGCGAUGCCUUGGAGCCUUUUUCAUUGUAUUGUAAACUGAAUUCAUCGGUUAGUGAUAGUGAUAUCUUAGCUCAAGGAAUAUUCGCUUGUUUGGUAUCUGGAGAAUCUGGUGCUGCAUGUCGUUUGGCUAUUGUAUCGAACAUGCCAGCUUUAGCAUCGCUUUUAGCUCAGUCAACUGCUGGUGAUCCAGUUUUUCGACGUGGCUUACAACAACAAUUGAGUAAAUGGCAUGAGAUGAAGUUUGAUCAGCAUAUUCCCAUUGAUAUGCUUCGAGUGUAUUAUUUAUUAGCUGGGAUUAUAGAGUUCCCACAUCCUACAGAGACAUCAAGCAUUUCUGUGCUAACUGGACUUGACUGGAUUCAAGCAUUUGGUGUGCACAUAUGGUAUAUGUGUGAUUACAGAGCGAAUCUAGGUGAGAUUUUAUUGGCUUACAGUGAUACCUGGCAUUCUGAUCAAGUGCCUAAUUCAAAACAUGGAGUUCCACGACCAAGUCCACCAACAAUCGACAAACUUCUCGAUUCUAAACGUCCUGUUUCGCCAGUGAAAGAUUAUCCUAUCAAUGAAGAAACGAAAGGUCCGAAUGCUGAAAUCAAAUUUCGAGAAUGGCCUCGUGAUACAGCUUAUCACCUUCUGGAAUUGUGUCGCAAACAGUUUCAUUCUUUGCCAAGAACUUUAGAUCCCUGUUCCUUCAGUCGAAGUUCUUCGUCAACUUGUGCAUUGGAUCGUAUGAAUCUUUUAGAUUGGGCAUUAUCUUGGCAUUUAUGGCGUUUUCUAGUUUCAUAUGGAUAUCAUCAUUUCUAUGAUAAUUUUCAUGAAGAUUUUUAUGAAUUAUCUACUCGUAUUUGUAAUGAAUUUGCUACACAACUGGAAACUGCAGGUUUAUGGGAAUGGUCAGUUUUUGUGCUGCUUCAUAUUGACGAUGAGAAAACUCGUGAAGCCGCUGUAAAAUCUCUUAUCGGUCGACAUGUAUCUUUAGUUCUACCGUCCAUCAUCAAUAAGAACUCUUCUGCUAAUGUUUUACCGGAUAUCGAUUUUAUGUCAAACGAAAUCAAUCUUUUGCCUGCACCAUCGUUGACUAAGGCUGAAUCGUUUUUAGUAAAUCGUCUGGGUGUUCCUAUCCGAUGGAUUCACGAAGCAAAAGCAAUACUAGCUCGACAUCGAUUAAAGGCUUAUGAGCAUGCAGCGGAUUUAAACACUAUGCUAGACCAUCAAUCUACACUGAUCACUGUAGAAGAUCGUAGCCGAUUUUGUCUAUUUGCAAUUCUUGAAGCAAGUCAUUGGUUUGCUGCUGGAUGUAUUCAAGCUGCUGAUGAAAUACUAUCUAAGUGUAUACUGCCACGAUUGAUUUUAAAUGCAAAUAUUUCACCAUAUUCAGCUUUUCAAUCAAAAUUUGAAUCAAUUUACUCUGCAUUGGGUCGUCGUAUAACUCAACUACUUGAACCAUACAAUUCUGUAGCAGGAAAUUGUUUACCCAAUGAUUUCCAUUCAGGUGUUGGUGUUUAUCGAUCUUUUGGAGAACUACUUUGUCUUGUGGAUGAACUCACAAAUUUCUGCAAAGUUACAUCAUUGGAUAGUGUAUAUAGUCCUGUUAGAAAGCGAAUAAGAGAAGAUGCAGAUUUAAAUCAGCAAGAUCAUCUGGCAUCAAUCUUAUCCAGAUUAAAGUCUAAAGUUGCGAGUGUCACAGAAGAGAUCAAUUUAAUGAAGACUGGCUCAUUCUUUGAAAAAGUUGUACGUACAGAAAUGGCUGCUGUUUGUAUACAUUUGACAUCAGCUUUUUUGGCGGCUAGCUGCUUAGAAGACACUGUAGAUGAGGAAAAUUCAUCGACAAACGAUGCAGUCAGUAAUCGGGAGCAAAACACACUAACCUAUUUGGAAAAUCAACUUACUUGUAUGACUAAGUUAGGCUUGCCUGCAGACUAUCGAUUGAAAGAACUUCGUGCAGUUGCAGAGAUUAAACUUUCCUUGGGUAUGGUGUAGUCAUCAUAGUGUUACUAACAACUCUUUUGUACCCUCUUCUAAACAAUACUUUCUUCAUCUCUGUACAUUCUUUUCACGAUUUUUUAUCUUGUGAAAUAAAAACAGUUUUAUAAUUUUGUUGAUUGUCAUUGAAAUGCAGUGUUCGGUAGUACUCAGUUAUGUGUUUAGUACACAGUACGGAUGAUCACUGUGAUCACAUUUACACAUGCACACAUGAAGACUUCUACAACGUUUUUUCAGUCUGAAGAUUCCUCUGAUUUCUUAUCAUCUUCCUUUGUUUGUAUAAGUUCGAGGAUAUGAUGUACAGGUCGUACGCAUCCAUCUUCACCAAUGGUUCCUGGUUGAAUGAACCCAGAUCUGAAGUGGAAUCAAAAUUUUCGAAGUUAAAUUAACUAUAUAUUUACAAAAAACUAACUUCUUUUCUACCCUUUAAGAUAUUUUAGAUGUUGCAUAACUUACCUUUCAAGUUUAUCAAUUUUUUGUACUAAAUCCAUAGCGAGAUAUUCUUUUUGUUCUUCAGACAUAUUCUCCAUUGGGUUUGGUUGUGAAAUUUCCCAUCGACCCGUUACAGGAUUCACAUCAUCUUUCAAGCUUUUAUACUCUUCUGUCUCUGAUUCACUAGAUGUAUCUGAAUAUUCAUCAUUUGAAUAAUUAGAAUCUUUAUUGUUUUUUGACGUUUUCCCAAGCAAUGCAUGACGUGCUAAGAAACCAGCGAAAUUUCCGAAACCAGUAUAUUUUACAGCUCGUCCAACUGUGCAUAAAGAGGAAUGGUGAAUUUGUGAAUAUAAUAUGUAACUAAAUAAAUAUAUUUGUAAAGUGUCGUUUACUACUUC